CCUCGCAACAGGAAAACAACUCCAAACACAACAGCCAUCUGCAGGUCGACUGCGGCAGUCAAGAGCAGCAAGCGCGCGCCUCACGGCCAUCUUCUGCGCCCAGACCACGACUUUCAUUGCCGCGGGACGCUUUCUUCUCUUUUCUUCGCUUUUUCCCGGUUCUCGUCGGCCGCCGUCGCCUUUCCGACUCGUGCGGGCCCAGCCAAUGUUUGUUGUUCGGUAGCACCGCCAGACCGUCCAACCUCUACUUCCCGCCACCCAGCGCCGCUCCUUCGGCAUGGAACAGGACAACCCGGCCACCAGAGGCGCCGCAGCCGCCGCGGCCAAGUCGAGAAGCAUGAAGCGGCCACAGUCCCGCGCUUCCACGACCUCCAUCCACAGUGCCACAACCCAACCAAACAUGGACCACUCGGGCUUCGCAGACACUUCCAGCAUGUAUGCUGGCCAAUGGAUGUCCAACGACAAGCCCAUGAACUCGACGGCCCAAAUGUCCACCGAGGAGAUGAUGAUGGUACAGGCUGCCACCAGCAUGCAGUCAGGAAACCACGACUUCUCUAUGGAUAACUCGAUGUCCGCACCCAUGACCCAUCACCACAUGUCCUAUCAACAGCAGGCUACACAGCAGCAGCAGCAGCAGCACCCCAUGGCUCGCCAUCCGCUACCAAACGAGCAGUACGGCGGCAACGCGAGCUUCACUGACGGCGACACCCAGAUGCUGGACAGGGACGACAAUGACGAUGCCGAUCUCAUGGGCGGCGCUGUCGGCGCACCUAAGCCCGCCACGAGGUCGAGCGCGAACAAUGAGCUCGAGAUGAGGCAGCUGUUUGGCGCUAACCGCCACCGCACACUUCAGGACGUCGCUGGUGAGCUGCACGGCAAUGAGCGCGGUCCAAACUCAGAACGGACGCGACAGGUUUUUGCUAUGCUUUGGAUCAACUCGGUUUGUUCCAAGGGUAAGGGUUCGGUUCCGCGUGGUCGCGUCUAUGCCAACUAUGCAUCUCGCUGCGCUACCGAGAGAAUUACGGUCCUCAACCCCGCCAGCUUUGGUAAGCUCGUGCGCGUCCUCUUCCCAGGACUAAAGACUCGUCGAUUGGGAGUGCGUGGAGAGUCCAAGUAUCACUACGUCAACUUCGCGCUCGUCGAAGACCAAGGUGAUUCGCGCGACUCGCAGCCCCCUGUCCCACGCCCGCUGCCCGAGGCACAGGGCUUUGGCCAAAGUUUCAGCAGAUCUCAGUCGCAAUCCAACGGACCUGCUGGUCGAGGCUCGCUACCCGCUCCAGAGGGCUCUCGUCCGAGCCAAAGGGAGAAUGGGGAGGCUGGUGCUGAUGCUCGAACCCACAGCCUUUACAACCAGCCAGAGCUGGCCAGCUUUGACACCAUUCAUAGCACCUCCACCAAGACGUCUUUGGAGCUGGCGUUCCUGUCCGUCGAUGACGAGUCCAACGUCAAGCAGUCGGAGCCCAUUGCGCUGCCGGCAAUCGAACCGUACCUGCCGCACGGUACCGAUCCCGAUGCCGCCAAGUCAUUGUCGGCCUUGUAUCGGUCUCACUGCACCUCUCUGGUAGAGUGCAUCCGUUACUGCCGCGAGAAGACCUUCUUCCACCUCUACACUUCUUUUCAGGGCACGCUCACGAUGCCCGUGCAGAAGCUGCUCGGCAAUGCAGCUCUAGCGCCGUGGAUCGAGGGCUGCGAUUUCGCCUUGUAUCAGCGAAUGAUGAGCAUUAUUGCAGGGCUGACGCUGCAAGUCGUCCCCAAGCCCGUUCUUGAUACCCUUCGCAACAUCUCCGAGAGGUUAGUGCCGCACGUCCGCGAAUCUUUCCAAGGCCAGCCUCAGCAUGUGAUUGCCGCCAAAGAAGGCCCGGCUGCCAUCUUCGCCGGGCUCCUGGACAGGGCGCUCCGCGUCAACCUCACGGCCCAUGCUGCGGCCAACAUGCUGUCCAACCCAGCGAACCGGGACCAGAUGUACCUGGACUGGAUCACAAUGAUACGAGCUCGCAAGGUCGCGGAAUGUGUGCCGACACGCGGCAUGGACGAUGUGGUGGACUUGCUGGUGACGGAGAUGCGCGACUUGCUCGACCCGGUCAAUGUGCCUUGGGAGGUGGAGUGCCUUACCGUGUACGGCGAUGUGGCAUCUCGAAGCAACCGACAGCCGGACGAGAACAGCGGUGUCAACUCGACGGGCCAGAACGUACUGGACCGAUGGGUCGGCUUUAUGCAAGGGCUGCCGGAUAAGUUCCCGUACGCAUCGCACACAGACAUCGUUUGGUGCGUGGAGCGGAUCGGAACGGCGGUGAUGCGAGAUCUUACGCUGGCGCAGGGUAAGAGCUUCGGAUCCUGGUGGGUGACGAAGACAUGGGUCGACGAAAUGGUGGUAUUCCUCGCCGAGCAGGGAGGCUUCAUGAAGCAAAAGCCGCGGCAGCCAAGCUCCAAAAUGGAGGCGAGCCCGGAGGAGGCGACCAAGGAGACGAGCCGACAGAACUCGCGCUACAGCACCGGCAGCGAAGACGUGAACGUGCCCAACGUCUCUCAGUCGCAGCCAGGUCGCGCCCCGUUCCCGCCCCCGCCGAACGCCAGCCAGACGGCCACGGGAGGGACCAGUGGCGGCGGCGGCGCUGGCAACAGCGGUAACGCGGAUCCACACGACGACAGCGGAAUCAGCAUGCGGACGCCCGAGGACGACUUCCCCAUGGACAAGUACACGUUCUCGGGAGCGGACGGUGUGGGAAUGGUGGCGGGGACGGAGCUGGCGGUGGGAGGGGCUGCCUUAUAAGCAGACCAUGAAGCAUAUUGGGAGAACGGCGCAAAAAAGGAAGCCGGCAGGCAUGGGACGGUCGGCGUUUGGGAUGGUGCUUGAGUUGGGUGGCUUUAAUACCCAGUGCUGUUCUCGGAUCGGUACGCACGGAAGGGGGGAGGUGGCUACCGGGGCUACCCAGGGCUGGGGGAGAGUGACUAAUGACGGCGCGACGUGACGAUGGGGACGAGGCACGAUACAUAACGACGACGCUGUUGCUGAGGGGCUGUUUGCUCAACGGCCGGAGGUGGUGGCAACGGUGUCGGCGGCUGGCGGGUCUGUAUUUGACGAACGGCGGGCACGAGAGGCUUCAUGUGCCUUUUGGCUGGCAGUCGGGUUGGCUCCGACGGCGAUUACUUGUAUUGAUUGAUGUUAUGCACGGCCUAGGAUACACACUCGGGUGCAUGGACAGACAGCUGGCGGCUCUGGAUACCAAGAUAGGUGCCUAGACGACGCAAAGGCUGGUUUGCUUCUCGUUUGCCGGGGGCUAUUCGAUAUGCAUAUGCAGCGACUACGAUUCAAAGUGCCUGCGGCCGACGCGGUGCAAGUUCACAUGCGCGCCCAUGUGUUGGGGGCAACAUAUAUGGUGAUGGUGCCUCGGGGGCGGCCGGCAUUGGGCGCGCCCUCUGUGGUGAAGACGAGCAUGUGAGGUCGGCAUUUGGUCUGUGUUGAGUGAGGUGGGCGUGUUCUGCGAAGUAGGUACGAAUACGAGUCGGAUGCCGGGUGUGCUAAGG